AUGCACAUGAGUCUGAACCAGAAAUGCUGUUUUAUGAUACUGGGUUCCGAAUUGGGAUUGGAUAUAUUAUACCAAGCCCCUCCUGUUGUCCGCACCACCCCGACCGGAAUAAAAUAUGGCAAUCGGCGAAAGAGAAUGGUGUAUUCUUAUAUCGUGCUUGGAUGCCGUUAUCGAAGUCUUGUCAGUGCAGCUAUCAGUCUCUCAGUGAGUCCGACUAUCAAAAAAAAUGAUGGGACGGCAACCCCAGCUCUCGGAGCAAAGUUGCGAACGCGUCGUGCAGCUCCUGUUGUCGUAUCACCUAAUGCACCAUAG